GCGCGGGCUCUCAUUAAGGAGACCCUGCCUGCGUAACGUCGAGGAAAGUCGCGACGGGCCAGACUGGCCACCUCGCUAAGCUUCGAGCUUCCGUUCUCUCACAUCGACCGCCAGGGCAUCAAGCCUUCCCAUUGUCCGCCAGAAACUGACGCAAUGGCGCCAGCAAAACCGUCGCCCGGAAAGGACACCUAUUCGGUGAUCCUGCCGACCUUCAAUGAGCGCCAGAACCUGCCCAUCAUCACCUGGCUGCUCAACCGUACCUUUACCGAGAACAAUCUCGACUGGGAACUCGUGAUCGUCGACGACGGCUCGCCCGACGGCACGCAGGACGUGGCGCGGCAGCUGGUCAAGGCGUACGCGCCGCACGUGCAGCUGCAGACGCGGUCGGGCAAGCUGGGGCUGGGCACGGCGUACGUGCACGGGCUGCAGUUCGCGCGCGGCAACUACAUCGUCAUCAUGGACGCCGACUUCAGCCACCACCCCAAGUUCAUCCCGCGCAUGAUCGCCAAGCAGAGGGCGCACGACUACGACAUCGUCACGGGCACGCGCUACGCCGGCGACGGCGGCGUCUACGGCUGGGACCUCAAGCGCAAGCUGACCAGCAAGGGCGCCAACAUCUUCGCCGACACCGUGCUGCGCCCCGGCGUGAGCGACCUGACCGGCAGCUUCCGGCUGUACAAGCGGGCCGUGCUGGAGAAGUUGUUCGAGUGCACGGAUGCGCGGGGCUUCACGAUGCAGAUGGCACUGGCGGUCACGGCCAAGGCCAAGGGCUACAGCAUCGGGGAGGUGCCCAUCUCGUUUGUCGACCGGGUGUACGGAGACAGCAAGUUGGGCGGGGAGGAGAUCGUGGAGUACGCGAAGGGGGUGCUGCAGCUUUGGUGGUCGAUCUGAGGUCAAAUAUUUAAUCCUGGGAGAUACCAAUGGCGGGAAAACGAGAUUUUGCUGUACGAGUAGCGGCCGGGAUGGAGAACUUGGGCUUGCAUGGCGUUGUGUUUGUGCGGUUGUUAGAUGCGAAACAGAUUGGUUGUCCAACCUAUCCCCCCCCCUCCUCCUCCUCAUCCCUUUCUCUCAAGGGACGCACGUCUACUUGUUCUAAAUGUUCCUCCCUCCCGUGACGCUAAUCGUCUGGCCAGAGAUGUACGAACUCAACGGCGACGCAAUGGCCAACACGGCGCUCGCAGCCUCGGUUGCCGUCCCGGGCCUCCGCAGCGGGAUAUCCGCAAACGGCACCGCCCCGGGGGGUGUCUUCUUCUGCUUCUCGGGGAUCCCCAGCGCGACCUUCUGCCCGUCGACCUCGACGAACGCGCCGGCCUCCUUGUUCGCCGUCAGGCGGGUCUCGAUGUGGCCGAAGGCGACCGUGUUCGCGCGGACGCCGAACGCGGGGCCCCACUCCUUGGCGAUGGUCUUGGUCAGCCCCACGACGCCCGCCUUGGCCAUGGCGUAGUUCAGCUGGCCGGCGUUGCCGUGCAGGCCCGACGUCGACGAGAUGUUGACGAUGUUCCGCGGCUCGCCGUCCCGGACGCGGAAGUAUGGCGCCGCCUCGCGGAUGAGCUUGAAGGGCACUGUGCCGUGCAUGGCCAGCAUGGUGUCCCAUUGCUUGUCCGUCAUCUGCGAGCUGUAAGGAUGGGGGUUUUGUGGUCGAAAGUGUGUGGGAA